CGCUGUACAGCACGAAGGCGUUCGGAUACACAGUCGAAUGGGUUGCCAUCAUCUCGGAAAAAGCGGGGUGUAUAUGCAUCGUCGACGUGCGCCCAUCCUAACCUCAACAUGAGAGUUCGUGAUGCUCAAGUCCAUUCUGUUGUAGGCCCAGAGACUUGCGGAGCUCCUGCGCGAGCUUGCGUGGAUCAAAAUGCUUACGCACUCGCCCCGCACAGGCCAUCUCCCGAAGAACUGUGAAUACGUUAAGAAGGCGUAUCGCGAUCGUACGGAGGCAGAGGCAGCCCAUGUUGCCAUCAGCGAAGACAAUGGGCGGAGAGAAGUGACUGAAAGCAGGUACGAGUGAAACGGGCUCUUGAGCUGUAUGCGGGUAUCGCUCGAAGUUGUUGGGGCAGAGAGUGGAGAGUGGAGGGGUGGAACUGUGGGCAUAAGCAAAGCGUCGAGGGGUCAAGGUGCGUGUACUGCACAUUCAUAUAUCUGCCCCAUUAUCGACAUCGUCCAGAAGCGAAGUGACCAGCUCCGGCCUGCCUGAAUUCGCAAGUUGCCGUGUGACUACCCCGCGAUUAGCAAGCUAUCUACUGUCGAAAGAGCGAGCUCCAGUCCCCGCGCUCUGUCAAUACGAAUGUCCUAGCGAGCGGCCGCAUGGACCCGUUCACGGCGCUCGAAUCACCCUCCCAAACUCUCCACGCAUUCUCGACGCGUCUCAGCAAGUGCCCGUACAAGCAUACCAUAGGAAAUAAUCGCUCGUGCUACCUCGUCAAAGCCUCAGAAGGCCCUUCAUGAUAUGCUUUUACGCGCCAGCGCACUAAGUUGCUCGACGCGAUUAUCAGACGUAUCGGCUCAAGCCAGGCUUACUCACGCUCGCCGGGACGACGGCGCGCACAAAGUACUGGUGGAAUACGACGGCGCGCAUGCGCCCACACGAUUGCGCGAGCUCCGGACAGUCGUCUUUCUGUCCCUCUGGCGAGACCUACGCAUUCUUGAAGUCCCAAAUGGAAGUAUGACCGCACACGAGGCGUCGUCGUCUGCAAUCUUCACCGUGGACACCGCCUAAUCGAGAGUUAUGGACGAUAAGUUCGAACACGAGCAGUUUUUGACCUUUGCGCGAUCCAGCACGACUGCCUUACUAUCCCUACCUGGUCUCACAGCCGCUAGCCUGUCUCUCGCACACCACUAGUCUGGCAGGCUUUUUUGAAUUGCCGGAUCCUGAGCUUAAGCUACAUCAAGUUGAACGGUAACGUGAUGUUCGCAUCAAGGAACGAACAGGAUGGUGGCAGUGAGUGAAGAAGGCUCACUGUUGUA